AUGAAGCCUCUGGAGAAAUUUCUGAAGAAGCAGACGUCGCAGCUGGCGGGCCGAACGGUGGCGGGAGGUCCCGGCGGGGGUCCGGGGAGCUGCGGUGGGCCUGGAGGGGGUGGGGGACCCGGCGGGGGCGGUGGUCCAGCCGGGGGAACGCGGUCGUUGCAGCGGCGUCAGAGCGUGUCUCGCCUGCUGCUCCCCGCUUUCCUCCGGGAGCCCCCCGCCGAGCUGGGGCUGGAGCCGCCCCCUGAGGAGGAAGGGGGAGAGCCGGCGGGGGUCGCGGAGGAGCCGGGCAGCGGGGGGCCCUGCUGGCUGCAGCUGGAGGAGGUGCCGGGGCCCGGGCCGCUCGGGGGAGGGGGGCCCCUGCGCUCCCCUUCCUCCUACUCAUCUGACGAGCUGUCCCCGGGCGAGCCCUUGACCUCGCCGCCCUGGGCCCCCCUGGGUGCCCCCGAGCGGCCGGAGCAUCUUCUGAACCGCGUUCUAGAGCGGCUUGCUGGAGGGGCCACCAGGGACAGCGGCGCCUCAGAUGUCCUGCUGGAUGACAUUGUCCUUACCCAUUCUCUCUUCCUCCCGACGGAGAAAUUUCUGCAGGAGCUACACCAGGUCAGCUUUGUUCGGGCAGGAGGCAUGGAGGGCCCUGAGGGGCUGGGCCGGAAGCAGGCCUGUCUAGCCAUGCUUCUCCAUUUCUUGGACACCUACCAGGGGCUGCUUCAAGAGGAAGAGGGGGCCGGCCACAUCAUCAAGGAUCUAUACCUGCUAAUUAUGAAGGACGAGUCCCUUUACCAGGGCCUCCGAGAGGACACUCUGAGGCUGCACCAGCUGGUGGAGACGGUGGAACUAAAGUGA